UCCGCCGCUCUCGCUUUGUUUAUAACCUGUACGCGGCGGCUCGCGACUCGGCUUUAUCCGUUUUGGUUUUUACUGCACCACGAUGAGAGUAAUAUUAAAAACACAGAGUGAUAAGUAACGGUAUUGGGUGUUUGCGUGGUUAGGGAUUUCGAGCUGCGUUCGACGUUAAUUGCGCAGUGCGAUAAAUCGAACUCCAAUCGUAUAAUGACAGACGCAGUCGGCGGCAGUCGGUGCUGCGCCGCCCGGCACUGCAAAACAAACGAGGAAACUCUUGUCAACGAAGCAAAGGCACGGCUGUUCGAAUUCCCGACUGACCCCGAAUUGAGGCAGAAGUGGAAAAGCGUGUGCAACAUCGAUGUCGGCGAAACUCCCCUUUUGUGCGAGCUUCACUUUUCUCAAAGCUGCUUCGACGAUGAAAAACAGUUGAGGCCAGAUGCAGUUCCUGCAACUCCUGUUUUAAAGCGUAAAAUAGAUAGCGUGUCCAAUGACGAUGGUCCCUGUCAGAAAAAAGCAGCUCCAGACAAUCAGAGACCGUUGCUAGAAGUAAGCUAUCCUUGCAAUUCUGCGCUGAAUGGUUCCAAGCCUCCUCCAAAAAAAGUGCCAUCGAAAAAUGCCUUUCGUCUUACCAUUCAAAUUGACAAAUUUCCAAAAGGAGAACGUCCACAGAAUGUAGAGCAAAAUGAGCCUUUAUGUUUGACAUGCAAUGAAAUUCUACCAAAUUUACAAGAUUUGUAUACUCAUGUUAUGCAACAUUUUACGUGUGAUUUGUGUCAUGCAUUGUUUACAUUGAGAAAAUCUUUACAAAAGCACAGAAAAUUGCAUGAGAACAAUAGUGAGCAAUUUCCAUUCAAAUGCCUCAAGUGCGAUCAAGCUUUUGUAUCAGAAGAUGAUAUUAGAAAACAUAAACAUCCAGAAAUUCUUGAUGACGAGCCUCCAAGACCUUGCAGAUAUCUUUGCAAGAAAUGUCAAGUACUGUUCAAAACAAAACUUGACUAUGACAAACAUUAUGUAGACACACAUGCAGCUAAAAAGGUUAAAAAAACUGCCAAAGAAUAGUAAUUAUUGAAAUAAUAAUUAGAAAUUCUAAAAAUAUUUAUUUAACUGUGAAUUAUAAAUAUUUUUAUAACUAGCAUAAAUUAUUUGAGCUUUAUGAAAUUUGCAACAAGAAUUCAUAGCUAAUAUGAAUUAUUGAUUGAACGAAAAUGUAAAUUUCUAACUUACCAUUAGUAUGUAAGAAUGUGAUUACUAUUUUUAUAAUUAAAAAAUAUUUUCUAGUAAAUACAAUAAGUUAGUAGGUCAAAAGAAAUGUUUUAAUUUUUAAAAUUUUCAUAUGCUCUUGAAAUAUUUUCUCAUUAUUCAAAUUGAAAACAAUAUAUUAUAUUUCGAUUAUAUCUUGAUUAUCUUUACUUCAAAUCUAUUACUUUUUUUUUUUAAUUCAAACGUUUAUUUUUUUUUUAAGUGAUAAUGCAAUGAUAUAGUUUAUGAGAAAUGAAAAUUAAUGUUCCGUUGAAUUAUAUUCAAAGAAAUAAUGUACAGUAUUUGUAAGCUCUCUUCAUUCCUUCACACACACAAAAAAAUUCAAUUAAGCUACAAAAGAAGUAUUAAUGAUUAUAGAAUUCGGUUUUGUUGACACAAAACAAACUUGGCGCAUAUCAUUAAAAAUUUUCAUUCUGUUAACAAAAAUAAUAUUGAUAAAAUUGUAUAUCUAUAAUUGUCGAAAGUACAAAACUCUUUUAUAAUCAAGAAUACUGUAAACAAAUUUUUUUGUGUACUUGUUAAAUAUUGAUGAAAAAAUAAAAUGCUCUCUCGUAAGCAAUAAGUAUAA